AGAAGCCUACGGCACUGGCUGGAGAGUGGCCACAUGGCAGGUGGACAUGACGAGGCAAGUGAUGCACUGGACGAGCGCUUGAAGCUAGUGGACUCCAAGGUCAAUGCUAAGAUCUUCUUCCACAAGGACGUCGUGGUAGAGUACAUGGAUAUGAAGGGAAUACUCGGCGACAUCACCGAGGAGAAGAAGAAGGUGGAGCAGGAGCGCCGCAGGGCAAUGGUCGUGCAGCGCGUGGAUAACUUGGCGCUCGUGCAGGUGGAGCUCAUGGCAUCAAAGAUGGAGCUCACGAUGGUGAAAGAGGAGCUUGCAGUGGCGAGGGAGCAGCUUGCGCAGAGGAACCAGGAGCUAGAUGAAAAGGAUGAGGAGCUGGCGGCUCUGAGGGUGAAGCUUCAGAAGAUGGAAGCCAGGAACAGUAACACUGAUCAGCAGAAUGGGACUGCACCUGAUCCUGUCCAUCUCCAACCCACCAGGAGGCAGACAAGAUCCAUGAAGAAGCAGGGAAACCAGCUACAAGGUGUUUCGAGUAAUCAUCAUUUGGAGGUGCUGAGGGAAACGCUGAUCAAGAGGCGGACAAGAUCCAUGAAGAAGCAGGGAAACCCGCUACAAGGUGUUUCGAGUAAUCAUCAUUUGGAGGUGCUGAGGGAAACGCUGAUCAAGGGAUUCAUGGAACUCGAGGGUGCAUGCAACUUUGGAGUCAAGGAAAUGGGAAAACUAAACGAGAAACCAUUCCAAGCAGCUUGUGCUGUGUCACUGCCUCCUGAAGAAGCUGAAUUGGCAGCCUCUGAACUGUACUCCAUAUGGGAGAAGCUGCUUAACGAACCAAGCUGGAAGCCCUUCAAGAUAGUUGCGGUUGGCGGUGAUUGUCAGAAUGAGGUCAUAGAUGUUGAUGACGAGAAGCUGCAAGAGCUGAGGAGGGAAUGGGGAGAAGGCCCCUACAAGUCUGUUGUUGAUGCACUGAUGGAGAGGAAAGAGUACAACUCUAAUGGAGUAUUUACCUAUGAUCUUUGGAACUACAAGGAAGGGAGGAAGGCCACUCUUGAAGAAGGCAUUGAGUACUUGAUUGAUCAAGUGAAGCAACUCACCGUGGCCCGCCGUAGGAAGUCUCGCAGGAUGGCUGGCUGGCCAUGAUCUUCCGCUAAUUAACCCUCGAAGGAUGUGAUGAAGGAACAAAGGUCGUGAGCUUCUUUUGGUUCUGUAUCAGUGUCAUGAUGGCACCAGGUCAUGAUGCAUCUGUUGUCCGUUGCAGUUGAGAAGAACCAGGCUGUGUUGGCUAUAGCAAAGAAUUCCAUGUAACUUGGAGAAGCAUGGUGUUCCCUACAUAUGAACUCCUUAUUAACUCUGAUGUUUAGGCACUCUGAAUCUGUAAUCGUUCUGCACUCCUUCUUGAUGACAGAUGAUGACAUGAAGUCUGAACUUUGAGGUUUUAGUUCCAAA